UGUUUGCCAUCGAAAACUUGCUUCGACUCUAAUAAUCAAAUCGGGUGUUCAGUCUUCUCAUUCCUCCCAAUCCUCUCAUUAAUAGCUGCUAUACAUAAGCCAAGCAUUGCCCUCAACGCCACUAAAUGAUUGCUUCAAUACUAGACUUACAGUGUUUGUUGAGCUCUCUCUCUCUCUCUCUCUCUCUCUCUCACUCAGACAACACUAGUGUUGUGGCAGUUCAUUGAUAAGCACAGGCAUACAUCCCAGUGUGCUAUCAUUUCCCUACACAUGAACAUUGCAUUAUUUCAAGAAUCGGGUCUAUUAUCAACUGGUGUUUAACCAAUGCUUUAUUGUCACCAUAUAUUUGAUAUGUUGUGUGUAUGUGUGUGUGAUAUCGACUCAUACAGUAUAAUAUAAUUGUAUAUUAUUUUUUGAAAAGUGUUGUCAUUAUAAUUGAAACUUAUUUACUAAAUAAGACAUUUUAAAAAAAUACAUAUUUUAAUUGGCGAUAACAAAGUUUAGCAACAAUUUAAGUCGCAACUUAUACAUCAUUUUAUUGCUUGUAUUGUAGACAUCAUAUAAUGAUUACGAUUACAAAUAAUUUGAUUGUAUGCCAUACAUACAGUUAAAGGUCAUUCCCGCAAAUUGUUUAUGUCUGUGAUGUAUGUAAUUAGUGGUACAUUCAAGUCUUUCACCAAAUGAUUAGAUGUAAAACCUCUGUUUGAGAGGCAAUUAUCAUCAAAUGAUUCAUUACUUAGUGCCCACACGUGCCUACAAAAGGCUUAUCUAUUUUGUAUUUAUUUGGACGUGUGUCUGCUUUUUGGUGUUCCGAUUGGCCACUCGACCUAACGAUGCAUCACUGGACUAUAUGGACGGACACGCGGCACAGGUCAGGGGUCUUCUCCAGAAACUGCCGCUCGAUUACGCGUCAGGUUUUCUGGUGACACUGACGACAGCCAAAACAACGACAGCGGCCAUCAAAUCUGACAUCAGUGCCAAAGAUAUACUGAAUGUUGAGCCACAAGUAGACAACUCACCGCCACUUAAUGAAAAUGAAAUCUUAACUUCAUUGGCCAAUGACUCCAAUUUGCCGCUCACUUAUUGGGCAAAAAUUAAGAAAAAUCAAAACUUAAUGACCAAACAAGUGCUAAACAACGGUUCUAACCGGUCGUGUAAAGUGGAGUUCCCAAACCUCUAUGAACUCGACUAUAAUAAUAUUUAUUGGCAACGAAUGUCUGCAACAAACGCCACUUUCUAUUUAUACGGCGCUUACUUUGAUGACCGCUGGCGGGGCGGACCACUCGCCACAGUUAGGAUAUUAGCAAUGGUUGAUAGAGUUAGUCCACCGCCGACCACAUGUCAGUUGUGGUUCGACAAAAUACCGGUGCCAAUCAUAUCACCCGCCACUUAUGUCUAUGGCUGGUAUAGCAAAUGGGGUAACUAUAAGGACGGUCUGCUACAGCCGUACAUCAUUACCUGUAAAGUCCCCCGAAUUAAGGGGUUUCCCAAAGAGUUGGCACCCGAUUCUGUGUCAUUAGUAGAGGACAAGUGCAGUAAAGCGACAAACAAUUUAAAAGUUUUUAACAAUAGACCGAAAACCAAACAAGACUUUGCCGUUUGUGUCAAAGGAUUAGACUUUUUACACGAAGAUCUUAGCGUUAGAUUAGUUGAAUGGAUUGAAUUAUUGCAGAUAUUGGGCGCUAAAAAAGUGUUUCUUUAUAAUCUUGAAACGCAUCCAAACAUCAGCAAAGUAUUGGAAUACUAUAAGCAAAAAAAUGUGGUCGACUUAACCCCAAUCACACUCCCCGGCAAUCAACCAAAUUUACCGGGUUUUAGACACUUGUAUUUGAAAAACAAAUUAACACACAAACGCCAGAACGAGUUAAUCCCAUACAAUGAUUGCUUGUAUCGCAAUCUUUACAGUUAUGAUUAUCUGGCGCUGUUGGACAUCGAUGAGAUAAUUAUGCCCAUCACUCAUAACAACUGGUCUUCAUUGAUGAAUGAAGUCCAGAAGCUAUCGUUGGCAGAAAAAAAUUACACACGUGCCAGUUAUAACCUGAGGAAUGUUUACUUUCUGGACGAUCUGGGAGUCGGUGAGGAACAACUGAAGCACACGGAGCAUGAGGUGGGCAUUCCUCGCUAUCUACAUAUGUUGCAACACGUGUACAGAUCUCGCAACUACACGAAACCGGGACAGUAUGUCAAGUGCUUCCAUAAUACGGAGCGUGUGGUAUCACUUCAUAACCAUUUCCCACUUAACUGUUUCGGCUCGUGUACCACAUACUCAAUUAGUCCAGAGUCGGCACAUCUACAGCACUACCGCAAGGACUGUGUCGGUCCACUCAAAAACAGCUGUAAAGACUUUCGUGCCUACACUACACGCGACACAACUAUUUUCAAGUAUAAGGAGGAACUCAUCAAUAGGACAACCAGUGUUUUAAAUCAAUUGGGAUUUUUCCAAAACAAAUAGUGAAAUAAACUAUUUUUAAAAAUACUAUUAUUUGUGAUUACUUAUUUGUUAGUGAAAUAUAUUAAUAAAUCGGACACUUAAUGAUGAGCUAUUAUAUAACCAUUUUAAACACUUGAUCCCAAAUAUAUAUAAUCUUUUAGUUA